AUGGUGCACAGGUCCAGUGUGACACCAAAAGAUCUCCAGACAGCCACGGCAUCGACGGAGUUCGUCAUCGGCAAAGAAACCGAACAGCGCGACUACCUCCUGCUGCUUCAGUCUGCCGAUGCCGUAAUUCAGGCAAUCGAAGAUGAAGACGAUUACACUCCUCCCGAACUGCAACCCGUCGAGACGGUCGAGAAACGAUCUUACUGGCGUCCAGAGCCAGCAGACAAUCCACUGAAUGCUUGGAGUCAUCGAUGUGAACUCAAAGCGAAGAUGCCUACCUCGUUGCUGCUACAAGGGCGCAGCAUUGCGCUGAAAGAUAACAUCUCGGUGGGCGGUCUACCGACGACUUUGGGAACAUUUCAUCAGUUUCUCUCGCAAGACGGUCAAUAUCCCGUGUCGCCAAUCGACGCCACCGUUGUAAGACGUCUCCUGGAAGCCGGUGCAGUUAUCAAAGGAACGGCCACCUGUGAGAACUACUCCGCAUGUCCGCUGUCAUACAGCGCCGCUUCUGGGCCAGUACAUAACCCGUGGCUCCGGGGCUACAAUGUUGGCGGCAGUUCCAGUGGUCCUGGUGCCCUGCUCGCAGCAUCCAUGAUGAAGACUAGCUUUCGUGAGGUUGUCGACAUGGCUAUAGGUGGGGAUCAAGGAGGCUCGAUACGCCUGCCUGCAAGCUAUGCCGGUGUCUACGGAUUGAAGCCAACUCAUGGCUUGGUUCCCUACACUGGCACAGCUUCGCUUGUUCCUAUGCUGGACCAUGUCGGGCCUAUGGCGACCAAUGUUCAUGAUAUUGCUGCCCUGCUCCACGUGAUAGCCGGCUUCGAUGGGUUCGAUCAGCGGAUGACUGCCGAGGCGCCUUUAAGAAGUCAAGUUAAAGAUUAUCCAAAGCUGGUCGGUGAUUUCAUGUCACAGGUCAAGAGCAACGCCCCAACACUGAGAGUAGGCAUUCUGAAAGAGGGCUUCACUGCUCCUGGGCUCAGUAACUCGGUAGGAGAUGCCGUUCGCACAGCGACUGAACAUUUCUCCGCCGCUGGAGCUACGGUUAGUGAGAUUUCGGUGCCGAUGCACAGUCUUGGUCCAGCUAUCUGGACAGCAGCCACGAGGGCAAGCAUGAGCGACUUUGCCUUCAAAGGUCAAGUGCCAGGACAUCUGUCGUAUGCACCGCCGCAUCUCAAGCCACGGUGGCCCAUGGACCAGGAGAUGUAUGACUUGCUGACCGCCACUAACCCGGCAGUCGUAAACGUUACAAUAUCAGGGACGCACCUCAAAAGUAAGUUCGGCAACUAUGCCGAAGCCAAGGCUCAUCGCAAGGUGUUCGAGCUACGCGCAGCAUAUGACGCAGCGUUUCAGGAUGUCGAUAUCCUCGUAACGCCCACCGUUCCGACGGUGGCUAUGCCGUUGCCUGGCGAAGGGUCCAGCGUUAUGGAUAAGCUAAAUCUGUCAAUUGGUAGCACGAGCAACACGUGCCCGUUCAAUGUGACAGGUCAUCCCGCCAUAAGCGUUCCUUGCGGCUAUCUUGCUCCAGAAGGUAAUGGGAUCGAUGCAAGGCUCCCCGUUGGUAUGCAGCUGGUCGCAAGACGCUGGGAUGACGAGACGCUUUUGAAAGCUGCAGCGUUAUUCGAAGCCGCGCACACUGGAACUCUUCAGCCUAUCGCGCCUCGCACUGCUUAG